AGCGCCCCAGCCGCACCCUCCAAACACGCCGCCCCCGCCGCAGCACUGCAGCCGUAACGCUCCGCCCGUCCACCAAAGGGGGAGGGGGUCACGCCGCUGUGGUCUCCAUAGUCACGCCGAUUCCUCAGCCUGCCGUCAGUCACUGCGGCGAGGCUUUGCGACACUUGCUGUGGGAGUCACGGCGGCUGGCUGGAGCUUGUCAGCUGAUUUACUGCACCCGAGCGGGGGGUAGAGGGGCAGAGAGCCCUGGGCAGCCCCAUCCCCGCGAGUAGGGGCCAGGGCCGGGCCGGGCCGCACACCACACCACAGACUGCGGCAAGAUCGGGUCCUGCCUGGACAGAUUCUACAGAGGUUGAUGGCACUCAUCCCAGGCAAAUUGAUGAGUGGAUUUUUCAAGCCAUGAUAAUGCCGUAUCGUAGGAUCGAAGAAAUUUAGUGCUGGAAGAGAUGUUAGCAGGUGAUCUAGUCCAUCCCCUGCACUGAAGCAGGACCAGGAGUGAAAGCAAAAUGGCAGGAAACAGCCUUGUUCUACCAAUCGUGCUUUGGGGUCGCAAAGCUCCCACACACUGCAUAUCAGCCAUACUAUUAAUGGAUGAUGUUUCAAUGAUUGUCACAGGAUGUCAUGAUGGACAGAUAUCUCUCUGGGAUCUAUCAUUAAAUCUAGAAAUUAAUCCCAGAGCGCUGUUGUUUGGUCACACAGCUUCAAUUACAUGUUUGUCCAAAGCCUCUGCUUCCAGUGAAAAACAGUAUAUAGUGAGUGCAUCUGAAAGUGGGGAGAUGUGUCUGUGGGAUGUGAAUGAUGGGAGAUGUAUAGAAUUUACAAAACUCGCCUGCACCCAUACUGGAAUACAGUUCUACCAGUUCACAGUUGGGACUCAGCGUGAAGGCAGGCUACUGUGUCAUGGUCAUUACCCAGAAAUUCUUGUUGUGGAUGCUACCAGUCUCGAGGUUCUUUAUUCCUUAGUGUCAAAGAUUUCUCCCGACUGGAUCAGCUCCAUGAGUAUUAUUCGAUCCCAUAGAACACAAGAGGAUACUGUCGUAGCAGUUUCAGUGACUGGUAUUCUGAAAGUGUGGAUUGUAACUUCUGACGUUAGUCGCAUGCAGGAUACAGAACCAGUAUUUGAGGAGGAGUCUAAACCAAUUUACUGUCAAAACUGCCAAAGCAUUUCUUUCUGUGCAUUUACCCAACGAUCACUUUUGGUAGUGUGCUCCAAAUACUGGAGGGUUUUUGAUGCUGGAGAUUAUUCCUUGUUAUGUUCAGUUCCUAGUGAAAAUGGACAAACGUGGACUGGCGGUGACUUUGUAUCAGCUGAUAAAGUGAUCAUAUGGACAGAAGAUGGACAAAGUUUUAUUUACAAACUACCAGCCAGUUGCCUACCAGCUAGUGAUACGUUUCGCAGUGAUGUGGGAAAAGCUGUUGAAAAUUUAAUUCCUCCUUUACUGUUCAGUGUAUUGGAUCGAGCAGAUAAACAGCUGCUAAUCUGUCCCCCUGUUACUCGAUUCUUCUAUGGACGCAGGGAGUGUUUCCAUAAACUUCUAAUCCAGGGAGACUCUUCAGGGAGACUGUGUAUUUGGAGUGUGCCAGAUACACUUGAACUGCAAGACAACCCAGAAGGACUGCAAAUGACAACUUCAACUUCUCUGCAAGAAGCUUUUUGUAAACUUACUCCUUGUCCGGCUGGAAUUAUAGACCAAUUAAGCUUAAUACCAAACAGUAAUGAACCACUUAAAGUUACAGCCAGCGUGUAUAUCCCAGCACAUGGACGCCUGGUUUGUGGUCGUGAAGAUGGAAGCAUUGUUAUUGUGCCAGCAACUCAAACUGCAAUAGUUCAGCUUCUGCAAGGAGAGCACAUGCUCAGGAGAGGUUGGCCACCUCACAGAAAUCUCCGGGCUCAUCGGAACAAAGUUACAUGUUUACUGUAUCCUCAUCAGGUCUCGUCUCGUUAUGACCAAAGAUACUUGAUCUCAGGUGGUGUGGAUUUUUCAGUCAUUAUAUGGGACAUCUUUUCUGGAGAAAUGAAACACAUCUUCUGUGUCCAUGGUGGAGAGAUUACACAACUUCUAGUUCCACCAGAAAACUGUAGUGGAAGAGUCCAGCACUGCAUCUGCUCAGUAGCCAGUGACCACUCAGUAGGACUUUUGAGUUUGCGAGAGAAAAAAUGCAUUAUGCUGGCAUCUCGUCACCUGUUCCCUAUUCAAGUAAUAAAGUGGAGGCCUUCAGAUGAUUACCUGGUGGUGGGAUGUUCGGACGGAUCUGUAUAUGUCUGGCAAAUGGAUACCGGUGCACUGGAUCGUUGUGUGAUGGGGAUAACAGCAGUCGAGAUCUUGAAUGCUUGUGAUGAGGCAGUUCCAGCUGCAGUAGAUUCCCUGAGCCACCCAGCCGUCAAUCUAAAACAGGCUAUGACUAGACGUAGCCUUGCUGCUCUAAAAAAUAUGGCCCAUCAGAAACUACAGACUCUUGCUACGAACCUUCUGGCUUCUGAAGCAUCUGACAAAGGGAAUUUGCCUAAAUAUUCACACAAUUCUCUGAUGGUUCAAGCCAUAAAGACUAACCUAACAGAUCCAGAUAUACAUGUGCUCUUCUUUGAUGUAGAAGCUCUGAUUAUUCAGCUACUGACUGAAGAAGCCUCUAGGCCUAAUACUGCACUCAUUUCCCCAGAGAAUUUACAGAAAGCAUCUGGCAGUUCUGAUAAGGGGGGGUCUUUUCUGGCUGGCAAACGAGCAGCAGUGCUCUUCCAGCAAGUCAAGGAAACGAUUAAAGAGAACAUAAAAGAACAUCUUCUUGAUGAUGAAGAUGAGGAUGAAGAAUCAAUGAGACAGAGAAGGGAAGACAGUGACCCAGAAUAUCGCUCCAGCAAAUCUAAACCAUUAACCCUAUUAGAGUAUAAUCUAACCAUGGACACAGCAAAGCUUUUUAUGUCCUGUCUUCAUGCCUGGGGUUUGAAUGAAGUUCUAGAUGAUGUUUGUCUUGAUCGCCUUGGUAUGCUUAAACCGCACUGUUCUGUGUCCUUUGGCCUGCUAUCUAGAGGAGGCCACAUGUCUCUGAUGCUUCCAGGAUAUAACCAGUCCAUAGGCAAACCGUCAUAUGGUAGUGUGGAAGUAGAAAGGAAAAUGUCCAUUACAGAGGGACUAGGAAGGGGGACAUAUGGAGUAUCACGUGCAGUCACUACUCAGCAUCUCCUAUCUAUUAUCUCUUUGGCGAAUACUUUGAUGAGUAUGACUAAUGCAACUUUUAUUGGAGACCAUAUGAAGAAGGGUCCGAUCAGGCCUCCUAGGCCAGGCACCCCAGAUUUGUCCAAAAUGAAGUCUUCCCCACCAGCUUCCAGUAAUGCAGCUCAAGGGCAAAUUAAACAAGUUCCUCCUGCUGUUUGUUCUAGCUCUGAAGCUGAUCGCUCUGGCUCUGACCCUGCUCCUACUUUACGUAGCUGUUUCUUAGUAAAUGAAGGAUGGAGUCAACUAGCUGCUAUGCAUUGUGUUAUGCUCCCCGACCUGUUGGGAUUGGAGAAAUUUAGACCUCCUCUUCUUGAGAUGCUAGCUCGCAGGUGGCAGGAUCGAUGCUUGGAGGUAAGGGAAGCUGCCCAGGCCUUGCUGUUAGCAGAACUGAGAAGAAUUGAACAGGCAGGGCGGAAAGAAACCAUUGAUGCUUGGGCUCCAUAUUUACCACAAUACAUUGACAGUAUUAUAUCACCUUUAGCGAAUGCAUUUAGCACAGUGUUCCCCCCCACCUAUACCAAUAGAACUCCUUCAUACAGCAGAUACUCUGGAGUGACAGUGGAAGCCAUUCAAACUGGUAGUGCAAGUCCAGAUUCAUCAGGGUCAGAAGCCAAAGUUCAGGAAGAAGAGCAUGAUCUUGUUGAUGAUGACAUCACAGCAGGUUGUCUGUCUGGUCUCCCACAAAUGAAAAAAAUAUCUACAUCUUAUGAAGAGAGACGGAAACAAGCCACUGCUAUUGUCUUGCUCGGCGUGAUUGGAGCAGAAUUUGGAGCUGAAAUUGAACCUCCAAAACUGUUGACGAGGCCACGCAGUUCCAGUCAAAUUCCUGAGGGAUUUGGUUUAACUAGUGGUGGAUCAAACUAUUCCUUGGCAAGACAUACAUGUAAAGCUUUGACAUUCCUUCUGCUGCAACCACCAAGCCCCAAACUUCCUCCACACAGCACCAUCCGCAGAACUGCCAUUGAUCUGAUUGGGCGAGGUUUUACAGUAUGGGAGCCUUACAUGGAUGUCUCCGCUGUAUUAAUGGGCCUUUUGGAGCUCUGUGCUGAUGCUGAGAAGCAACUUGCAAACAUCACAAUGGGGCUGCCUCUGAGUCCAGCAGCUGACUCCGCCCGCUCUGCACGACAUGCUCUCUCACUCAUUGCCACUGCCAGACCACCCGCCUUCAUAACAACUAUAGCCAAGGAGGUGCAUAGACACACUGCGCUGGCAGCAAACACUCAGUCUCAACAGAAUAUUCACACUACAGCUCUUGCUCGGGCUAAAGGAGAGAUCCUAAGAGUCAUCGAAAUACUAAUAGAUAAAAUGCCCACAGAUGUUGUGGAUCUUCUUGUAGAGGUUAUGGACAUCCUCAUGUACUGCCUUGAAGGAUCCUUGGUCAAAAAAAAGGGACUUCAGGAAUGCUUUCCAGCCAUCUGCAGGUUCUACAUGGUCAGCUAUUAUGAGCGGAGUCACAGAAUAGCAGUUGGAGCUCGCCAUGGUUCAGUGGCCCUCUACGACAUCCGGACUGGAAAAUGUCAGACUAUCCAUGGCCAUAAAGGGCCAAUAACUGCUGUGGCUUUCGCUCCUGAUGGACGGUACCUUGCCACUUAUUCCAACACAGACAGUCACAUCUCCUUUUGGCAGAUGAACACCUCUCUUUUGGGAAGUAUUGGAAUGCUGAAUUCUGCACCUCAGCUCCGUUGUAUUAAAACAUACCAGGUGCCUCCUGUCCAGCCUGCCUCACCAGGUUCACACAAUGCACUCAAAUUGGCACGGCUGAUCUGGACUUCCAAUCGCAAUGUUAUUCUUAUGGCACAUGAUGGCAAAGAACAUCGAUUUAUGGUCUAGAGUCAGGCUCUCUGUUGCUAGAAAUAUAUUUUUUGUUGUACAAUUCCCUGUAAUUCUCUCUUUCUCUGUUCUUUUGUAACACUGGAUUACCCACACCAGUGCCUAUAUAAAUCAUCCAAUGGGACCAGCCAGACUGCAACAUUUCUGCAUGGUUCCCUAGAGCAGAAUCUUGCUUCUGCCAGCUAUUGAUUCAGAGGUAUGUCCACCAGCUCAACCAAGUGUGGUUAUUCUAUCACCAUGUAGUUUUUCCUUACCGUUGAUAAGAGGGACGAAGAUGGCUAUUGGGAAAGCUCUUGUUGCUUGGUGCAACAGAAGCUGAAAAAAAUCAACAUCACUGAGGUUGCACUCCUUGACUAGAUCAGUAUUUUCAGGAAUCAUACCCCAACCUUUGAAGUUGGGCUGAAUCAAGUCACUUUUACAUUUUAAAUGGAAGUAAUGCAGAGCAGUCCUAAUUAUAAAUAUUAUUUUCCUUUUGAGGUUCUUAAAGAAGCUUACUGUUUACCAAAAAGGUUCUAUGUUUACAUGUACUUUCUUCUAGUGACUAUGGGGUGACCAUUGGGUGAGGUUUCAUAGGGUUUAGCAGUUAGCUUCUUGGGGAUAACUGUAAUGGGAUUCAUGAGAAAGUAUAUGAGGAAUUAGGUUUUCAGGAAAAGAGUAGCCAUUGUUCUCAUUUUGAAGAAGCCUAUUUCCUCUCAUAAAGUUUAAGUUCUUGCUUGAAUUGGAAGUUGUGGCAUACUAGGUCAUUGUUUUUGUGACCUGGAAGAAAGAAUGAGCCGUCCACAUGUAAAUACCAAGAAUCUCUUAAAGAGGGGAAAUGAAACUUGAAAAAAAGAAUACUUAUGCACAAAGUUGUGUUUUUUCUGUAUUCCCUUUGCUUCUACUGCAGAUAUUUAUAUUUUAAAAAGACCUUUCUCUUUCCCACUUGUGCUGGAACUUGCAGGAAAAUGAGAAUCCUGCAUUUAUGCCAUCACAUCCUGUUGCUGUAUAAACUAUUGCAGUGUCACAAACUCAGUUUGGCUUCAUUGAAGGACUGAGGAGUAAGAAUGCAAGUGCGCUUGAUGGAAACACAGAUAUCACUGAUAUUUAGCAACUCAAAAAUUAUGGAAAAUAUGUAAAAGGUGAGUUAGUUGUUAUUUGAAUCCAAUAUAUUUAAACAUUUUCCCCAGUAAGAGAAUUCUUCUGUAAUGUAAGCUAUAAUUGUUCACAUUUUCCCUCUUUCUUACAUAUCUCAUUUUGUGAAAUAUCAAAUAAUGUGAAAAAUAUGCUGGUUUAUGCUCAAAGUAAAAAAAAAAAUCCAUAAAAUACUAUUUUAUUUAAACAUAUUGAUAUAAGUGUUUGUAUAGCUUUUAUUUUCUUUGCCAUUUUUGUCUAGAAAACUCACAGAAGAGAGAAGGCUCACAUUAAAUGAUGACAUAAAGUUAAAGGUGGUACUUGCCAUAAAAUCCAAUAGAAUGAGAAAAAAUGAACAAAGAAAAUAAUGGCUUCUAAAUUUCAAAUGCAUUGUUUUCUAGAGGCAGUCUGUAUAGUACACUAUACAUGAAAGUAGGAUCUACAGUCCAGAAUCAACAUAUCUGUUGUUUACUAUAGUUUUUACAAACAACGUAAGAAAUUAAGACCAUUAGGAAUGUUUAUCUCAUAUUGCUGUAAAUCUUAUUCUUUCUAACUAUGGCAAGGCUGUAGUAUAUAGUGGUGGUAAAAUUCUGUAGUAGAAUUUUUGAUGCUUUUCCUUAAAGUAAACUUAUACAACAUGCAUGUACAUUGUAUUUAUAAAGAGAUAUAUAUAGGUCUCCAUGACAAGAAGCAAAGAAUUACACAGCAUAUACAAUAUUUGUCUGUAGAAUCAAAUGCUGUAGUGCUACAUUUAAGUAUAGGCAUAUGAGGAAAAUUAAAAGGUACAUUUUAUUCAUUCUUCUAUAGGCAUUCCAAAGUCAUAUUUACUUGUUAUAAUAUUUUUCAAGUACAUAUAUGUUUAUUUUUAAAAUCUAAAUGGAAACACAAUAGCAAUGGGUAUGCUAAAGAAGAUUUUCUUUAGUAUACAGUAAAAUACCUUGCAUUGCAUGUGUAAUUAAAAGUUUGCUUUAAACUAAAAAUUUAAUGGAUUACAAAAAAAUUGUAAAAGAAAGAGGGCAAUCUACUUCCAGUACUGAAAAAUAGUUAAAUGUAGCAAAAGCUAAAUUAGCAAAAUUUUCAGAAGAUUAUGACCACUUCUGCAAAUGUUUUAUACAACACAUCUAAAGCAACAGUCAGGAUUGCAAUCUAAUGUGGAGUUAGUGUUACUUGGCUAGAAAAUGCAGUAAUGCUUAGUGGGUGGAAAUAGAUUAUCUAACUGCUUAACUAAUAUUUGCACAUUAGUUAAACACAAAUCUCCAUUUCAGUGACUUUGUUAACCCUACUCCCAAAUUUCAACACAGAUUAGAUUUCUCAGCACUGCAGUAAAAUUUGUGUUGUCAUUCCAGUGUAAGCUUUUAGUAUUUUAUUGAUUUGUUAGUACUGUAUUUGGACUUGUCCUUGUAAAUGUGGAGAUGUAUGUGGCUUUAUUGGCGGUUUACAAGCUAAAGAUGACAUGAUGAGAUAACUGUAUGAAAAUGUUGUAAUGAUUGAAGUCACUGUGAAUGUUAAAUGAUGAAAAUGUUUGCCUCUCAAGAAAUUUCUUGAUUCCACUUAAUUGCUACUGUAUGUAUUAAUGCUAUGUACAUAUGUUUGUGAAAUAAAACUGAACAGUAUUGAAGGA